GUGUUUAAAACCACAUUGCCAUCUUCAAAUCUUAAUUCUGCAACUAGCCAUCAAAUUUUUCCCAUUGAUCGUAUGGCCAUUGAAUCGGGUCUGCCUUUGCCGAUGGGCCCGCCGCGGGCUUGCGAGAAGCACGCCAAGGCGCUUGGGUUCAUCGAAGAGACGACGAAGAACGCCGGCGCGGUGCAGGAGAGGGUUUUGAGGGAGAUCCUGGGGCGGAACGCAGAGACGGAGUAUCUCGGGCGGUUCGGGCUCCGCGGGGCGACGGAUAGGGAGACGUUCAAGUCGAAGGUUCCGGUGGUUACGUACGAGGAUAUUCAGCCGGAUAUUAUGCGCGUGGCUAACGGUGACCGCUCUCCCAUCUUUUCUUCCCACCCAAUCUCCGAGUUUCUCACCAGUUCCGGCACAUCUGCCGGUGAGAGAAAACUGAUGCCCACAAUUCAUGAAGAUCUGGACCGAAGAACAUUACUAUACAGCCUUCUCAUGCCUGUGAUGAACCUAUAUGUUCCGGGCUUAGACAAGGGAAAGGGCCUAUACUUUCUCUUCGUAAAGGCCGAAACCAAAACCCCCGGCGGCCUCCUUGCACGUCCGGUCCUCACUAGCUACUACAAGAGCGAGCACUUCAAAACAAGGCCGUUCGACCCUUACAAUGUGUACACGAGCCCUAACGAGGCCAUUCUCUGCUCCGACUCUUUCCAGAGCAUGUACACUCAGAUGCUUUGCGGUCUCAUUAUGCGCGAAGAAGUGCUCCGGAUUGGCGCGGUGUUCGCCUCUGGCCUUGUUAGGGCUAUUAAGUUCCUUCAACUCAACUGGAAAGAGCUCGCUGAAGACAUCAGCUCAGGGAAACUUAGCCCUAGAAUCACUGACCCUUCUAUAAAGGAGUGCAUGGGAAAUAUCCUGAAACCUAACCCGCAACUCGCUGAGGUUAUCACUAACGAAUGCGAAGGUGAGAAUUGGGAGGGCAUAAUCACGAGAAUUUGGCCCAACACGAAGUACCUGGAGGUGAUAGUGACUGGGGCCAUGGCUCAAUACAUCCCAACUCUCGACUACUUCAGCGGCGGAUUACCCCUGCCAUGCACCAUGUACGCCUCUUCCGAGUCCUACUUCGGACUCAACCUCAAACCCAUGUCCAAACCCUCCGACGUAUCCUACACCAUCAUGCCCAACAUGGCCUACUUCGAGUUCCUCCCCCACGACCCCACCGCGGCCCCGCCCCUCUCCUCCCGCUACUCCCCGCCGCCCAAGCUCGUCGACCUGGCCGACGUCGAAGUCGGCAAGGAGUACGAGCUCAUCAUCACCACUUACUCGGGGCUGUGCCGGUACCGAGUCGGAGACAUCCUCCGAGUCACCGCGUUCCACAACGCGGCACCCCAGUUCAAGUUCAUAAGGAGGAAGAACGUGCUGCUCAGCAUCGACUCGGACAAGACCGACGAGGCCGAGCUGCAGACGGCCAUCGACAGCGCUUCGUUGCUCUUGAAACGAUUCGAUACUAACAUCGUGGAGUACACGAGCUAUGCGGACACGAAAACGAUCCCCGGGCAUUACGUAAUUUACUGGGAGUUAAUGGCCAAGAAUCCGGCAAAGUCGCCGAGCGAGGAGGUUUUGGAGCAGUGCUGCUUGGCCAUGGAGGAAUCGUUUAACUCGGUGUAUCGACAAGGCCGAGUCGCGGAUAACUCGAUCGGGCCGCUCGAGAUUAGGGUGGUGGAAAAUGGAACGUUUGAGGAGUUGAUGGACUAUGCGAUCUCAAGGGGCGCCUCUAUCAAUCAGUAUAAGGUUCCGAGAUGUGUUAGUUUCACUCCUAUUAUGGAACUCCUCGACUCCAGGGUGGUGUCGUCGCAUUUUAGCACGGUUCCGCCACAGUGGACCCCAGGACGCCGUCAUUGAUGGCCACAGAGUUGGCGUCAAGGAAACAAAAGUACCAAAAAGAUAUGGUUGACUACCAACCAACCAAUUAGGUUCCAACCAAACGUGAAGACAAUUCUCUCUCUCUCUCUCUCUCUCUCUCUCUCUCUCUCUCUCUCUCUCUCUCUCUCUCUCUCUCUCUUGUUUAAUUGUGUCUUGUUAGCUAUAUAUAAAUAAUAACUUUGGAAAGUGUCUUUG